UCCAUUCGGGCCCCCGGCAGGAGGAUGGAGGCGGCGGCCGAUCUGGAGUCCUCGCUGGAGCUGAGCUACUCCAGCGUGGGCCCUGGGGGGCUGCCCCCUGCGCGCUCCCGCAUCUUCAAGAUCAUUGUGAUCGGGGACUCGAACGUGGGCAAAACGUGCCUGACCUACCGCUUCUGCGCGGGCCGCUUCCCGGAGCGCACGGAGGCCACCAUCGGCGUGGACUUCCGCGAGCGCGCCGUCACCAUCGACGGGGAGCGCAUCAAGAUCCAGCUGUGGGAUACAGCAGGACAGGAACGCUUCAGAAAGAGCAUGGUGCAGCACUAUUAUAGGAAUGUACACGCUGUUGUGUUUGUGUAUGACAUGACCAACAUUGCCAGUUUUCAUAGUCUGCCAUCAUGGAUAGAAGAAUGCAAACAGCACUUGCUUGCCGGUGAUAUACCACGGAUUCUUGUUGGAAAUAAAUGUGACCUGAGAAGUGCUAUUCAGGUGCCUACGGACUUGGCCCAGAAGUUUGCUGAUACUCACAGUAUUCCACUGUUUGAAACCUCUGCUAAAAACCCCAAUGACAAUGACCAUGUGGAAGCCAUAUUUAUGACACUGGCUCAUAAGUUGAAGAGCCACAAGCCAUUAAUGCUUAGUCAACCCCCAGAUAACGAUAAGAUACAUUUAAAGCCUGAGCCAAAACCUGCCACGACCUGCUGGUGUUAGAUCACAGUAUUCAUGCAGUUAUCACCUCGUCUUAUUUGCAAAUACUCUAAAAAUAUGAUCUUGGCAGGUUUUAGUAUCAAUUAUGUGUGAUCCCUUUGGCACUUUAAUGUGUGUUUUUUCUUGUGUAGGUGUGCCCCACUCAUAUCUCUGCACUUUGUGCUAUCUCAAUUACUGAAGCUUCCACAGUAUGCAUCCGAUGAAGUGAGCUAUAGCUCACGAAAGCUCAUGCUCAGAUAAAUUGGUUAGUCUCUAAGGUGCCACAAGUACUCCUUUUCUUCUUGAAGCUUCACUGUACAUAUACAGAAAAAUAGACUUUCUAAUGAAGUUUUGAUGCAGCAAGUUCACUUAAGUUAUUUGCUGCUUGAGAGCAUUCCAUCACUGAUGGUAUGGUUAAUAAUCCAAUUUAUUUAUUUUUGUUGUUUUUUGGUUAGCAUUUCGUUGGUCCUCCUGCAUUAUACCAGAGUUUUGGAGUAGCCAAAGGACUCACAUCUUUGGCUAGCAGCGGAUGAGUGUUGUGAAUUGUUGGUUUUGUGGGUGUCUGGGAUAAUGACACAGAAGACUUAGACGUUUCCACUGCAUCUCAAAGUAGCUAUAGCUGUAGAUGUGUGCUGUGAAAGGAAGGCCAUCAAUAAAGAUCAGCCUAGAAUGUGAAUGUAGGGGAACACCGUUGGUCUCAGUAGUUUGUCAUUCCACCUCAAAUCCUGGCUAUUCAUACAUGGCAAAGGUGGGAGAAUCUCAGAUACUUAUUUAAACCCUAAAACUUGAUAAAUUCUUUGUAGUUCACACAUUUUUAUCCCACAGGCAUCCUUCUUAUGAAAGAUAGUUUGGUUAAAGCACAGGGAUGGGAUUUGAGGGAGGAUCCAAGUUUCUAAUCUCGAUUCAGGACUUCCUGCACUCAUAUGCUGCAGAACAGGGAGGAGAGCUCAAUCAAACUGCUCUCAUAGAAAGUGAAUUGGGUUUGGAGAAUGUUGUUAUGCAGUAACAUUAUAUGAGCUCAUGUUGCUUCUGUGAUUUCAGUGAAAAAGUUCAGCUCCACGCAGCACUUGAAUAGUUGUAGAGUUAGAGGCAUCACUGCAGCAUGUUCCCCUCUCAAAGUAGCAUAAUGUUAUGGUGUAUUGUACGUCUGGUGGCAGGCUAAUAUCAACAGCCAUAACUCUCAUGACAUCUUCCAACCUAAUUCAAAUUUCUUCACUUGGAUCAUUUAAGAACAAAUGCUGUCUCUGAAUUGUGUAUCCCAAGGUAAAUAAAUGUACUCCAGUAGUCUAAAAUUUUAGUAAGGUUGAGAGAAACAAAUACUGACUUUUUCAGAUUAUUUUAAAAACAAAACGCAAUUUUGAAGAGGAAACUUAUUAUGCGUUUUAGGGACUAAAGUAUUUUGGAAAAAGUGCUAGUUCCGAUGCCCAGUUGCCACAUACAAACCUGUGCCUUAGCUUUUGAAAAUGUCAAGGUCACUAUGUUUUAAUGGUAGUAAACUGGUCUCUGCCAGAAAAAUAUGAAGGCAGAUGUUCUGGAUAAUUGAACUUCGCGAUAAACUUCCAAAUAGUGUUCAAUUCAUUCCCACUUUCCCACUAUUAUACUAGAAUGAUAUAUUCUCUUUAAAGAACAGAGAAACUGGAAAUCCUUGAAAACAUAUGUAAAUACAGAAUCAUGUAAAUUUAAGUAUGUAGAAGACCUACCAUGUCAUUUUGUUCAUCCCCAAACAGAUUUUCCUUAAUAGAUCUUCAGGUUAAAUCCUGCUUGGGUAACCCCUUAGAGUUCUUUUGCAGAAGAAAGGUGAACUGGGUUGGAUUUUUAGAAUCCUCUGCUUCACUUGGUAUUGAGAAAGUAUUGCAACCAUUUCAUUUCAGUUGUUUUUUGUAUGCUGGUUUGAAGGUCAUGUUUCAUAUUGGAAAGCAUUCUGGAUUGCACAUAACUGUAUGGUUACAUCAAAAGGGAAUGUAAGCCAUAAACUUAAUUCAGCAUAUAACAUUCAUGUGCAGUGAUACAACAAUAGCGUGCUUGAUUAUUAUGUGUUCAAAGAAAAGACUUAUAAAUGAGGAACUCUGCUUACAAUAUGUAUAUUGUAGGAUGCUGACUGGAAACUAAACACAAAGGUCAUUUUAGAGCUUUGUCAACUAUUAUCCUGAUGGUCAUAUUAUAGUAACUAAAUAACUGAAACAAGGUAAUUAUAUUAACCAAACUAUGAAAAGUAAUAAAGGAUGUAAUUAUUCUAUUACACACUGCAUUGGUGAAAGAGAAAAAUCCACUGGCUUUAUUCUAGGUUGAGAAAGAUCUAUUUGGCCUAAUCAUAUUGGAAUUAGGAUUUUUAGGAUUUUUUUCAUUUAGAAACUAUUUUUGUAAUGCCACAACUGUGACAACUUUAUUUAUGCAAUACUUGAAGAAGGAACUCUGUUUUAUCUGUUUCAAACCUUAAAUAGAAUUUGAUUUACAGUCCUUCUAGAAAUAAGAGCUUUUUAACACUAGGGACCUUAAUGAUUUUUAAGAAGGGAUUGAUCUUAAAUGUAUUUGUAGUACUACAAAUAAAUAUGGUUUACAGUCCUCCUGAAGGAUUUAUUUUUUCACUCAUGUCCUUAAUCCUCUUUCAAAGGACCGAUCUGAAGUGUUUGUAUAGUAUUAAAGUAUUUCAACAAACUUUCUAAUCUUAUUUUUUUUAUUUUUUAAUAUUCCAAAGUAAGAGAACUGAGAGUAAGGUAGUAAAUCAUGUAGACACAAUAUAAAUGUUCAACUCUCAGUAAUAAGCAGCUGGGAAUCUAGCAUAAGUUUUAUUUAAGCAAAUUACUUACAAUUUGUAAAUAAGGGCCCUGAAUCAUAACCACAUGAAAUAAUGUUUAGCUAUGUAAUCUAGUCUUUUCAGUACCAAACAUGUUUUGAUUUUCCUGCCCUAGAGACAGUGUGGUCUUUAAUUCAGGAUCCAGUAUGCUUCCUGGAGUAAUGUUCUACUCACAGAAAGGAUGUCAAAGGUACUGAAUAUUUUGUGUAUGUAUUUUCAUCCUACCAAAAUAAAAUCAUAUUUUGUCUGUUUUUAUAAACAAACAAAAACACUGGCACAAUCCCAGCAACCUAAUAAACUGGCUUUGUCGUAAA